GUGUUUCUGUCUGCUCCGGUCGGGACUCGAACCUGCAGUCUCCGGUAUGUGACGCCCCAACCACGUGGCCCAAACCCCUGAGUCGUAGCGUCCGUCGCCAGCGCGUCUUGACGUGUCGGGUGAUUUUUUUUCUGCUCACGCUGUUGUGAGGACACAGAACCGACAGCUCGUGAAGAUAUUUACAAAACAACACCUGAUGAAAAGUGACAUCACAGUCCAGGCGGCAGGAGGCGGAGUCAGACGCACUGUCAGCAGGUCAGCGGGACAGUCCCGCUGGAAGAGGGUCAAAGGUCACCUGCGUGAGGGGGGUUGGAGCCUGCUGGGGUUCGUGUCGGGGCUGGUGUUGGCGUCUCUGUAUGGCAUCACCACUCUGUUCGUGCAGACACAGCCUCUGUGGUUUUGCGUGUACGUCACGCUGGGCGUGGCCGUGCCGGCAGCGUUCGGCAUGGGCUUGUCGGCCGGCAUCCGGGCCAACGUCACGGUGAUGCUGCCCUCGCUGUGCUCAGCUCACGGCAGGAACUUCCUCCUCUUCCUGUUCGUGUCCGUGUUGCUGUCCGGUCCUGUCGCCAACACACUGGAAAACACGGAGCGAGCCGCCGCCAGUCUGCUGUGUGGAGCCGAGCUGGCGGCCAAUCAGACGCAAGAACUGAUGCAGAAGGCCGCCAUGCCCCUCUCCUCUGCGUUGGACAGAAUCAGAGAGAUCAGCUCGAACGCUUAUUCCGUCGCAGAAAGAGUCAACAACUUCAUCGACACUCUGACCGACAGCGUCCGCCAUGUUGCUCGGACUCUGAGGAACGUCUAUCACUUUCUGUCGGACAUCGGGGAUAUCUGCAACGCCAAGCUGGGCUCUCCGUACAGGAAGUGCCGGUCGGUGUUCGGCGAGGCGCGGGCCGACUGCGUCCGCCUGCUGGGAGACUUCGACUUCCUGUGUGACAUCGUGGACGGUUUCCUGCCGCUGUGCAACAUCGCCCGCGCUGGCGAGCUCUUCUGCAUCAUCCCAUCGUACGUCGCCGACCAUCUGAAGAAACGUCUCGCAGCUCCCGUUGUCGCUGCAUUUGAGCAAAUGAAGCGCGAGUUUGAGUUCAACCUCUCGACCUCAGCAACCUUUGACCUGGACGCCAACAGCAGUAGCUCCGUGCACCAGGUGUCCCAGGACGUCAUGGAGGAGGUGUCGUCCGACCUGCAGCUGUUCCACACGCUCAGUCAGCCGCUGAAGUACGGCGGCCUCGUCCUGCUCGCCUGGUCCUUCCUGAGGGCGGUUCAGUACAGACGUCGAUAUUGUCGUGAGCGCGACUUUGACAACGUCUACAUCACUUCCCAGUUUGAAGAGGUCGACCAACAGGUGACCUCAGGGGGCGGAGUCUCUGUCCUGCCACUCAACCGCAGAGAAGCCAAGACUUACAUCACACCACUGUCGUUGCAGCUGUCGAGCAGAGAGUGGCGGGCAGUGCUGGUGGGCGUGGCUUCGGUCCUCAGGUACCUUGUGGUGGGCGUCCUGCUGGUGGCGCUGGACUUCCUGGUGUUCUGGGUCCUGGAUCAGGUGCAUCACCAGCUGACUGAGGACGUGGUGGCCCGAGCUCCGGUCACCGUGGCGGUGCUGGUGAACGGGUCGGGGUUCGCUUCGGACAUCUUCAGGGACUUGGUGGCAUCGUUCAACGUCCUGCAGGGAGGGAACGUCACAGUGAUCAGCAGGAAAUGUCUGCUGCGGCCAGCAGAGCCGAACUACAGCACGUGUUUCAUCCUGGGCUUCCUGCUGGGCCUGGCGCUGCUCGUCUCUCUGUCCGGAGGCUUCGUCCAACGCUGCCGGCGACUCGUCUGCUCUUCUUAUCAUCCAGAGACAGAACUGGAGAGGAUUCAGUUCCUCCGUCAGCACAUCCUGGAUCAGAGGAGGGCGGAGGGAGGGACCCUGAGGAAGGCGGUCGCCAGGAGCCUGGCUGACCGAGGAGGAGGAGGAGGAGGAGGAAGAGGAGGAGGAGGAGGAGGAGGAGGAGGAGGAAGUCGCCUUCGAACACUCCUGCUGAGGUCACCUGGAGGAGUUCGCCUGUCUCACCUGCUGGGCCUGUCGUCAGCCGUCACCUGUCUGGCCUGUGGCGAGGAGGCGAGGUCCGAGGAGGAUAACAACAUGGUCGCCUGUGACGUCCCACGGUGCACAGGCCUGUACUGUCGGACGUGUUUCCACAGUUUGGGAAACACGUGUGUCGUCUGUAUGCGACCUCUGACCUUCCAGGAAGACGGCGAGGAGGAGCUUCGCCUGAACCUCGUCCACACUCAGACACACACGACUACACACGCUCCAAAAAGCCUGCGGUGCCAAGACUCCAGCGACGACGAGCAGCUGAGUCUGUGGUCCGCAGCUCUGGACUCGCCUCGCAUCACCGACCCACGAGCUAGGACUCUGAUGAGGAGGAGGAUCUCCACGGCGACCAGCCAAGCGCCGGCUGAGCGCUCCGACGUCGAAGUCGGUGUGAAGGACCAGGACGUUGACUCUGAGCUCAGUGAAGCAGACAUGAUGUACCAAACCGGAUCAGACGAGUCUGACAGCGACGCCUCCUUCUACUCCACCUCCUCGCCAAAACUCGCCAGACGCCAGGACGAGGCCCUCGUCACAGUCCUCAUACAUAGACCAGACGCUCGCCAAACCCUCCAGGACCCACCAGAAACCUCCGUGAGCCCCUAAGACCGACCAGGAGCCUCCUAGACCCCUUUGAAACCUCCAGGAGCCUCCUAGACCCCUUUAAAACCUCCAGGAGCCCCCAGUGCCCAGGACCCUGAAGCAGAGAUGUCUGUUGUUCUGAGUAGAGAUUUCACUUUGUGAUUAAAGUUGUACGAACAUGAAA